AUAUGCUACACCAUAUAACCCUAAUAAUCCUCACCCCGCCAGUCUCUCUUUCGUUCUGAGAUAUCUCGCCGCCAGUGACAGUCCUUCUCUCUCGCCAACGCUUAUCCUCUGCCGCAUCUCUCAUCCUCAUUAGCCGGCCUUUCUACGGGUUUCUCUAGGACAAUUUUUUUGCUCCAUUGAUACUGAUUUUUUGAAUGGUGGACGUCAUUGUUCUGAUGCAAGUAAGUUGAAGCAGCGCAAAAUGGCUUAUGCGAUGAAGCCCACAAAGCCUGGGCUGGAGGAAUCCCAGGAGCAGAUCCAUAAGAUUAGGAUCACUCUCUCUUCAAAGAAUGUUAAGAAUCUCGAGAAAGUCUGUGCUGAUUUGGUCCGCGGUGCCAAGGACAAGCGGCUGCGGGUGAAGGGACCGGUAAGGAUGCCCACAAAGGUUCUUCACAUCACCACCAGAAAGUCUCCUUGUGGUGAAGGCACCAAUACCUGGGAUAGAUUUGAGCUGCGUGUGCACAAGCGAGUUAUAGACCUUUUUAGCUCCCCUGAUGUAGUGAAGCAGAUCACCUCCAUCACCAUUGAACCCGGUGUGGAGGUUGAAGUCACCAUCGCAGACUCUUAAAUGGUGGCUGUUUUGAUUUUGCCAUUUAGUUUGGUGAAAACUAUGCUCUUAAAAAAAACUCAAGGGAUUCGAGUUAUUACAAGUUCAGUUUAUCUCUCAAUUAGUUAAGUUCUUAUUGUUCUUUUUGUUAAAUUGGAAUAUUUGCUUGUUGAAAUUUUGUGCUACCCUUAUGGAUUCAGUGGUUGCAAGCUUUUCUUUUUUCCUUUUAUUGGCCUCCCGUAACGAUUGUCCUAAAUUAUUUGCAGUUUUUCUAUUUGAAUGGAAUCAUAUGCUGUCAUUGGAUCUUCA